AUGGGCUUCGCAGCCCCUCCAGCUUCGGCUUCCUGCCGGCGCUCCUCUGGCUUCACAAGCCUUCGCGCAGCAAAGAUCUGCCUCGCUGUGGCGAUCACAGCCUCAUGGGGCUCGCGGCUUUUCGUCGCUAGCCAUCUGAGACCCUGCAGAGGGCACCAUGAUCCCCGUGCCCGCCGCAGCCGCCUUGGGCGCGCGGCAGAAGACACGAUGGGCGAGCUCUUUACCAAGUACUACCGCCUCCAGGAGGUGAACCGGAAUCUCGAGGGAGACACGAAGGUCGCCGUGGUCUCCGAGCUGCUCGAGGUCCUGGAUGACCUGGAGCGCGGGGCCAGCCAGGACGGCGGCACUGGCGGUUCUUCCACGCUGCGAAGCCUGGCGGACAAGUUCCAGGGCCGGCUUCAGUCGCUCGGCUUUGAGAGGAUACAGGCGCUGGGCGGCGUUUUCGACCCCGCCGAGCAUGAGGCCGCCUCGCAACGCCCAGCAGAGGGCCAGCCCCAGGGCACGGUCUGCGAGGAGCUGAGGUCCGGCUGGAAGCUCGGCGAUCGCAUCGUGCGGCCGGCGGUGGUAGUGGUGGCAUCCUGA